CUUUGGUUAUAGUAAGGUAUCAAAAUACCCACUUCUUGCUGUCGCAACACUCAGUAUAUUAGCGAAAAAAAAAAGAAAAAACCGUCACCUGCAAGACAGCCAGUGGCGUUCUUAGUCCUUACCCGCAUUUCACUUGCCUUCUCUUACACGUACAACCCCUUCUUCCAGUUCUACCAGCCCUAUGCCUACCUACCCACCCACACCUCUUUCCUACCCCCUUUCGCCAACUCAAUCUUCGAGUCCAGGCUCCCAGUGACGUACGAAGCUCCAGCACCUGCACCUCCUCCAGCAGCAAUGACAGUCCUCGCUGAGGUUCCGCAUUCGGUGUCCACCAAGUUUUCUGUCGUCCCAAUGACUUUGAUGUCCAAGGACGACAUGAAGGCCGUGUCCAACGAUGUUCAAAUCAUGAAUGCAUCCAAGGACAAGCCGGUGCUGAUUGUGAAGACGAAGAAGAAUAAUUUAGUGCAGUGUACACCUGCUGUCCGAAUUCAGCUGGAUAAGCCUCUUGUCGUUUAUAGUUUGAAGAGCAGCAUUGUUUUUCCUUCCGAGAUCGAAAUAGUCCACAAAAGAUACAAGAUCCCGGUGAAGGUGGGUGCAGUGAUGGCCCCCGUUGCCCCAGAAACUUAUGUCUCUCUGCAAACUCCAGUGACCGUGAAAGUGGUCUACGCCAUUCCGACUGAGCCAGUUUCCAUCGAUUAUAUCAACAACGAGGAUGCUAUCAUCGUGCCAGAAACGGAAGCUGUGAUAGUUGAGAGUGAGGAACCGGUCGAACCACCACCGAAGAAUGUUACCAUUUUGGAGUUUCCAAAGAAGGAAGCUGAACCUUCCGUGCAGGCCGCUGAAAAUGACGGACUUUCGAAUAGGAACCCAACCUCGAUUUCGGCUCCAGCAGGUAUAGUCCAGUCAACUCAGCCGUUGGCAGUUGUGCAACCAUUCCACAAUUCCAAAGAGUCACAGGUACUGAUAGACUUAAGGGAGGAAGCUAAGAGGAAACGCUUAUAAUUUUAAAAAUGGUUUGAAUGGUAUUAUCGUCUUACCAAUUUGGGUGAAGGAUUCAAAACUUCAAAGGUAAAACUGUCAACCAAUCAAACAUAGUCAUAGAUCGUCUUAGAUAUAAAUUUUUUCCCCACGGCACACCAAUUUGAAUCCGCGAAGUGAAGUUUUUGUAUGGUGUCAUUAUAACAGAAAAAAAAUCAGCCAAAUUGGUAAGACAAUUAUGAAAUAUUUUGGGAGUUUAUAUUCAAUUUUGUGCUGCCUAGCGUGAUAUCACUAAGCGAAGGCAAUUCCGUUGCAAUCCAAACAUGUAUUAGGUAAAUUAUCACCAAGAUACUUUGUUGAAUAUAAGCUCUUCAUGACCUAUUUAUUUUUAGGUUAGAUCACUCAAAUAUUGCCAUAUUGUUAAUGGACCUUUUGAAUAAAGUCUUCAUUACAAAUCGA